AUGCCUCCUCGCCAGCGUGCUGCAACGUUUGAAGACGUGAGUGAAGUGGUUAAGAAAUCUCGGUUGGCCGAAUCUAGUAACUCUUCUGGGGUGAUUGAGCGGUGGAUCCGGAGUGGCACGUCCGCAAUAGUAAGUCCUAGUGCAGCUACCUUGCCGGCAUUCCAGGAUGUAAGAGGGCAUGGGAGGAUAGAGGUUCACCAUCCGGCGGAAGGGUCACCCCAAGAGAGGAUGCGUACCUUAAGUGAAGUUCGAACAAGUGACAGUGAUGUAGUAGUUGGAACCUUUCACGUGCAGUCCAUCCCUGCAACAGUCUUAUUCGAUUCAGGAGCGUCUAACUCGUUCGUGUCACCCGGACUCGUGAAGAAGUUGGGCUUAUCUGGGGGCACUGGAGUGAAGUUUAACGUGAAGGUAGCAUCGGGAGAAGUUGGGACGUGUGACCGUCUCUUCGAGGGCAUCAAGAUCAACAUCAAGGGAGAAGAGUUCCCUAGCGAUCUAAUCCAGUACGACUUAGAUGGGAUAGACGUGGUCUUAGGUAUGGACUGGUUGGGGCAGUUUAAAGCCCAAAUCCUGUGUAAAGAUCAUAAGGUGGUACUACGAGGACCUAGUGGGAAAAGGGUAUCAUAUCGGGGAAAGAUGGAAGAACCCGGGAUUAAGCUAGUGUCUAUGAUGAAGAUGAAGAGGUACAUGGAGAAAGGCAAUGAGUUGUUCUUGUGUUUGGUUGAGAACUUGAAGGCAAAAGGAGAGGCAGCUCUGGCCAUACCCGUCGUCCGUGAGUUCCUUGAUGUUUUUCCCGAGGAAAUACCGGGUAUGCCUCCUACGAGAGAAGUGGAAUUCUCGGUGGAUCUUUUAUUGGGCACUGCACCCAUUUCUGAAGCCCCAUACCGGUUGGCAACGACAGAGAUGCAAGAGCUGAAGACCCAAUUACAAGAACUUCUAGACAAUGGUUAA